GGUGGACAUAUAUAAGUGGCACUGAUCACUCGGCAUACCCACAAAUCCACAAUGAUCAGCAGGUUUUGCAUCGUCUUCGCCGUGGUGGUGGCCACAGUGUCUGCCCAGUAUGGCUACAAGCCCGCCUACGCGCCAGAGCCGUACGCGCCGCCCAAGUACGAGUUCUCGUACGCUGUCAACGACCCGUACACGUACGACGUCAAGAGCCAGAAGGAGUCACGUGACGGCGACGUAGUGUACGGCGUGUACGAGCUGCUAGAGCCCGACGGCUCCAAGAGGGUGGUCACCUACGAGGACACUGGCUACGGCUUCCAGGCCAAGGUGGACAAACUGCCCGGUGGAUACCCCUCGUACCCCAGAUACUAGUCAUAUUCAAUAAUUAUAAUCUUUUAUAUAA